AUGUCACCUAUCACGUCGUCCUUGAUGGAGCUCAUCAUGCGUGCGGACACAGGAAUUGUUGCCUUCGUUGCUGGCAGUCUCUGCUAUAUCGGAUACUUCUUUCGUGGUGAACAUCACAUGUAUGCCUUUGCGUACAUACAAGCCCAUACUGCGCUGUUUGCAGCUUGCAGCUUUCUAUUGUAUCGACUGGGGCUGCCGCUGGUCAACGCCGCACUACAGACACUUGUGUACGAUGGCUUCUUUCUGGCCGGUCUCUUUGGGAGCCUGUUUGUUUAUCGAGCCUUUCUGACCCCCCUCAACGCCUUCCCUGGCCCCUUCACUGCCCGGAUCGCUACAUUUUGGAUCGUCUUUCGCAUCAAGAGACUGCGAAUGUUCAAAGCCUUCGAGGAGCUGCACCAGCGAUACGGCUACUUUGUGCGCGUUGGCAGCCAGGAGAUCUCCAUCACGCAUCCGAACGCGGUUGUGGACAUCUUUGGAGCUCAUUCAGAUUCUGUUCUUCUCCGCCGAAGCUUUGCUAAGCACUCAGAGCGGCGAGCCAUCUGGACUCGUGCCUUUUCUGACAAGGCCGUCCGAGGCUACGAGUCCCGUUUCCACCCGUACAGGGCAAAGAUGCUCGCCAAACUCGAUGAGCAAGCCGGCCAACCUGUCAAUAUCGCCCACUGGCUGGGUCUGUACUCCUGGGACACCAUGAGCGACCUGUCGUUCGGGCAUUCGUUUGGCUUGCUAGAUUCAGACAGUCAUCAUUGGGCCAUGGGCGUCCUCGACAAAGGGAUGAGCAUCAUUGGCCGUCAUUUGCCCAUGUGGUUUGCUCCAAUCGAGCCCAAGGUGCCAGACGUCAUGAGCACCCUCUUUGCGCCUUACAAGACAGGGGUUCUGCCUUUUGACGACACAGCGGUGCAUUUGCUCGCUGGAGAAGCGCACUUACUUGUCAACGCGGGAAGUGACACUUCCCGAAUCACCAUGAUCUGCGCCUUGUUUGUACUUGCGAAACAACCCGAUCUCGCCCAGAGGCUUCGGGAAGCAUUGAGACCGCAUGUCCCCCAGGAUCCCGACGAGAUGUUGAUGGACGAUAAGAUCAUGAACCUCGACCUUCUGAACGGUAUUGUACAAGAGGCCCUUCGCCUGUACCCACCAAGCCCGAGCCAUCCUACCCGGGUGACUCCGCCCGAGGGUGCCAUGAUCGCCGGUCGUUUCAUCCCGGGCAACACGCAGGUUAUGGCCCCACAGUAUGUCAUUGGACGUGACGAGCGCAUCUUUCCCCGCGCAAAUGAGUUCAUACCCGAGCGCUGGUACAGCCUUACGGAGUUGGUCAAGGACAAAACUGCCAUUGCGCCAUUCUCACUGGGCCCCAUGAAUUGCGUGGGGAAGCGCCUGGCGCUGGCCAACAUUCGAGUCACUUUGGCAUCGUUCGUUAUGCGGUACAACCUCAGCUUCCCCCCGACUCAAUCCGACUCAGAAGCCCUUUUUGAAGACGGCUUGUAUGAGCAUUUCAGCCUCCAGUCCGGGCCCUUGAUGCUGUCCUUGGAAAAGAGACACAAAGCAAAGGACGUGGAGAGAGUCAAUGGUCCCCUUUAG